AUGCCUCUCGAGCUUUUCCACUUGGUCACUCUGCUCCUUCUCCUCGUGGCUGCUGAUUGGGGUCUUGCGGCCACGGUCGGCAGCGACGAUGGUCGGCAGUUCGCCUACAAUGGCUUUGCCGGCACGAACCUCACUCUCGACGGUGUGGCCAAGGUCACGCCCAACGGCCUCCUCAUGCUGACCAACGGCACCAUCCAGCAGAAAGGGCACGCCUUCCACCCGUCUCCGGUCCGCUUCCGCGCCGCGCGCUCCUUCUCGACGACCUUCGUCUUCGCCAUCUUCGGGCAGUACAUCGACCUGAGCAGCCCUGGCAUGGCCUUCUUCAUCACCACGUCUAGGGAGGUGCUGUCCACGGCGCUCCCAGGCCAGUACAUGGGCCUCCUCAACGCCACGAACAACACCAACCGGGAAGCCCACAUCUUCGCCGUGGAGUUGGACACCCUCCACAACUCCGAGUGCCACGACUUAAACGGCAACCAUGUCGGCGUCGACCUGGAUAGCAUGGUGUCCCGAGAUUCCGCCGAUGCUGGUUACAACGACGAUGCCACGGGCCGGUUCCUCAACCUAAGCCUCAUCAGCCGGAAGGCAAUGCAGGUAUGGGUGGACUACUAUGCCUCUGCCACAGAGAUCACCGUGACCAUGGCUCCCCUUGGUGUAGCCAAGCCCAAGAAGCCCCUACUACGUACCACCGCGGACCUCUCGACCGUGGUGCAGGACAUGGCCUACGUCGGGUUCUCCUCGGCAACAGGAGUCCUUUUCACACGCCACUUCGUCGUUGGCUGGAGCUUCGCGCUGGACGGGCCAGCUCCGAUGUUGAAUAUCUCGUUGUUGCCUGCCUUGCCACCGAUUGGACCCAAGUCACGGUCCAAAGUGUUGCAGAUCGUGCUACCCAUAGCAUCGGCCACAACGGUUUUAGUAGUGGGCAUCAUUGUUUACAUUUUGGUUCGAAGGCGUCUCAGGUACGCGGAGGUCCACGAGGACUGGGAGAAAGCAUUUGGGCCGCACCGAUUCUCUUACAAGGACUUAUUUCAAGCGACCAAGGGGUUCAGCCAGAAGAACCUACUUGGGGCGGGAGGAUUUGGAAGCGUCUACAAGGGUGUGCUCCGCAAGUCUCAUAUGGAGGUCGCCGUGAAGAGGGUGUCACAUGAGUCAAGGCAAGGGAUGAAGGAGUUUAUCAUGGAGGUUGCAAGCAUGCGACGCCUGCGCCACCGCAAUCUGGUGCCGUUGCUCGGUUAUUGCCGACGGAAGGGAGAAUUUCUCUUGGUCUAUGAUUACAUGCCAAAUGGUAGCCUGGAUAAAUAUCUAUACGAUCGUAGCAAGGGUACACUGGAGUGGCCUCAAAGAUUCCACAUCAUCAGGGGAGUGGCUUCGGGAUUAUCAUACCUCCAUGAGGAUUGGGAGCAAAUUGUCAUCCACCGGGAUGUCAAAGCAAGUAACGUACUCUUGGAUGGCGAGAUGAAUGGGAGGUUAGGGGAUUUUGGCCUAGCUAGGCUUUAUGAUCAUGGGUCGGAUGCACAAACCACACAUGUAGUUGGUACUAUGGGUUACCUAGCUCCUGAACUAGGACACACCGGCAAGGCAACCCCAUCUACCGAUGUGUUUGCCUUCGGGGCAUUCCUUCUAGAGGUCGCAUGUGGGCGGAGGCCGGUUGAGCAAGAUGAGAGAAAUAACCAAGUAGUAGUGCUCAUGGAUUGGGUUGUCGACCAUUGGCAUAAGGGUUGCAUCACUAAGGCGGCAGACAUUAGGAUGCCAAAUAUGUUUAGUCUUGACCAGGUGUCUCUAGUGCUAAAACUCGGGCUUCUGUGCUCCCACCCACUACCAAAUUCAAGGCCAACCAUGCGACAAGUCUUGCAGUACCUCGAUGGCGAUGUGCUCCUCCCAGACUUGUCGGCAACAUAUCUAAGAUCAACCAAGCUGGAGUAG